AUGAGCACGGCCAGUAAUGCUCCAGGUGCUCGAUCGCCAAAUGUGAAUGGCGAUUCAAGACGGAUCCCUAGUUUAAGUGAUUCGCGUUUAAACGAUUAUUUACCAACAUCAUUGCACCUUGAAAAUCUUGCAAACACAGUAACUAGCACAAUGACAACUACUGUCUCAACUACUGCAUCAAUGCUUUUCUCUCCUUUAACAACUCGUGCUGUUAAAGGAGACACUGCUUAUAUUUUAUCCGAGCUUGCACCUCAAUUAAUGGAUCAGCGUCGCUUACAACAAUUUAUAAGUAAUGGAAACUCUCGUCAUGCAAAAGAAAACUCAAAAAAAAUAGUUUCUGCAGAAGACAUUUCUACAAGCACAACUCCAAUACCCGAUGAUAUUUUAUUAGACUCAGAAAUACCAGAAUCUAAAGCUCCAUUAUCAUUAUUUCAAGGUUACAAGGCAACUUGUCAAGACGUUGAAACACAUAAAAAAUCUAAAAGAAAAUCAAAGUUUCAUAAACGAAAAGUAAGAGGUCUUUUAACUGACACUUUUGAUGCAACGUCAGAUACAGCGUCGGCAGAUAGUGAUUAUAAACCUCUUAAUCAACUUAUUGCGGAUCGUGAUAGAGUUGUAAGAGAGAAUAACAAAAUACAAAUGCAAGAGGUCGAAUUAUCUAGCCAAUUGGAAGAUCUAAACGAAAAGAUCGCCAAUUUUAAUACUGAAAUUAGUUAUAAUGAAAGACGAACACGGAAAGGUGUUGCAAAACGUAGCUAUGCGCCCGGAACAUGUUUUAAGGUUUUAGAAGGUCACGAGGAUAUGAUUACAUAUUUAGUUAAAUGUUUACAAAUAGAUGGAUCCCGUUUAGUGACUGGUUCACGCGAUAAAACAAUUCGUCAAUGGGAUUUAUCCAAGUUGGUUUCUCAUCCAGAAUCUGUCACCAAUUUAUCGGAAUUAAGUUUCGCUUCAGCUUUAACACCAGAGGCAAAUGGAUUGGCAAAUGUUGGUGAUAAUUGUUGGAUGGCUUCGUUGGAAGGACACAGUGGAUCAAUUACUUGUCUGCAUUUUGAAAAUAAUUAUCUUGUAUCCGGAUCUUCAGAUAAGACUAUGAAACAUUGGGAUAUGGAAACAGGACAAUGUAUUUUAACUCUGGACAUUUUGUGGGCCAUGUCUUGCUCUAAUGCUGAGCGUAGGCAAGCUGGACUUUUAUUUGAUAGUUCAUUUGGUGGUGGUGAUUUUAUAGGAGCUUUGCAAUUUCGAGAUGUUGGAUUAGCAAGUGGAACCGAAGAUGGUGCAAUACGAAUGUGGGAUUUAAGGACAGGUCAAGCACACAGAACACUAUUGGGGCACACAGGUCCCAUAACAAGUCUUCAGUUUGAUGAUCUUCAUGUUGUAAGCGGAAGCGUUGACAAAAGCAUAAGGAUAUGGGAUCUAAGAACGGGAUCCGUGAUUGACGCCUUCUCUUAUGAUAAUAGUAUCACAAGUUUACAAUUUGAUUCCAACAAAAUAAUCAGUUGUGCCGGUUGCAAUGAUAUAAAGAUUUAUAAUCGAAAAAAUUUUCAACAUUCGAGUUUCGAAGGACAUUCACAGCAUUCACAAUGCAUUAAGUUUAAAGACUCAACUUUGUUAUCUGGAGGACAAGAUAGAGUGGUCAAAUUAUGGGCUUUAUAA